AUGGCUGACGACGGAGAAGUGUCUGCGCUCGUGUGCGACAAUGGAUCAGGAAUGGUCAAGUCCGGCUUUGCCGGUGACGACGCCCCUCGCGCCGUCUUCCCCAGCAUUGUAGGACGCCCCAGGCAUCAGGGUGUGAUGGUGGGCAUGGGCCAGAAGGACGCCUAUGUGGGCGAUGAGGCCCAGUCCAAACGUGGCAUCCUCACCCUCAAGUACCCCAUCGAGCACGGCAUCGUCACCAACUGGGACGACAUGGAGAAGAUCUGGCACCACACCUUCUACAACGAGCUGCGCGUGGCGCCCGAGGAGCACCCGGUGCUGCUGACGGAGGCCCCUCUCAACCCCAAGGCCAAUCGCGAGAAGAUGACUCAGAUCAUGUUCGAGACCUUCAACGUGCCCGCCAUGUACGUGGCCAUCCAGGCCGUGCUGUCCCUGUACGCCUCCGGCCGCACCACCGGCAUCGUGCUUGACUCCGGCGACGGCGUCACCCACACCGUGCCCAUCUACGAGGGGUACGCGCUGCCGCACGCCAUCACCCGCCUGGACCUGGCCGGCCGCGAUCUGACGGACCACCUGAUGAAGAUCCUGACCGAGCGCGGCUACUCUUUUACCACCUCGGCUGAGCGCGAAAUCGUGCGUGACAUCAAGGAGAAGCUGGCCUACGUGGCCAUCGACUACGAGGCUGAGCUGGCCACCUCCGCCUCCUCCUCCACCAUUGAGAAGUCCUACGAGCUGCCCGAUGGCCAGGUGAUCACGAUCGGCAGCGAGCGCUUCCGCUGCCCCGAGGUGCUGUUCACGCCGUCCAUGGUGGGCAUGGAGGCGGCCGGCAUCGACGAGACCGCCUUCAACUCCAUCAUGAAGUGCGACGUCGACAUCCGCAAGGACCUCUACGGCAAUGUCGUCCUCUCCGGAGGCACGACCAUGUUCCCGGGCAUCGCUGACCGCAUGAACAAGGAGAUCACUGCGCGCGCACCGUCCUCCAUGAAGGUCAAGGUGGUGGCUCCCCCCGAGCGCAAGUACUCCGUCUGGAUCGGUGGCUCCAUCCUGGCCUCCCUCUCCACCUUCCAGCAGAUGUGGAUCGCAAAGAGUGAGUACGACGAGUCUGGCCCCAGCAUCGUGCACAGGAAGUGCUUCUGA